AUGUAUAUUAAGUGGAUGACGGACUUAUCACCAAUAACUUCGUGUGGAGAAUACUUCCUCAUCGAUUCGGAAUUGUUCCAAAAGUUUGAUGCAUUCAAGAAACAUUUAAACACUAUUAGGAGAAAUGUUAGUAAAGAAUAUGUAGCGUUUUUUUUGACAAGAACUUUGUAUACAUUUAUCAGAAAAAAGUUGAUUCCUUUGGAACAAAGGACAAUGGGAAGAUUAGUGCUUCUAACAGAAGAGGAAACGAGCAGAUUCAGAUUCGAGGAAUGGAAAUGCGAAUGCAGAGAGAGGAACUACAAUGAAAUUUGAUAAGAAUUUGAUAAGUCCAGUCCAAAGUUAUAUCAAAUUUCAGGUCCAAGUCAAGGUCCAAAUCCAGGUCCAGUCCAAGUCCAUGAUCCAAGUCCAAGUCAGGGUCCAGGUCAAAGUCAAAAUCCAGGUCAGGUCCAAGUCUAGGUCCAGAUAAAAUUCCAGGUCAGGUGUAGUCCAAAUCAAGUCCUGUACUAAUCCAUUCUAUUCUAAACCUUGUAACAGAUAGGAACUCACAGAUCAACAACUGAAUACAGGAGAAUUGAGCUGGGGUCAUACAAUUUUUCAAUAUUUGGCAUAUUUCGAGUCUACAAGCCGGUGUUUAUUUAGUUGGAACUCCCUGAUACCCAGCAGGUUAACAUAGAAUACAUGCCUCUAGAAUAGUUCAUCCAGGAGAUCAGGAUGGAUCCAUACCAAUGAGAACCAAUCCCAGAUGAUCAUGUACAGUAAAAUUCUAAAUGUUUGUGAGUUCUUUGAAUUUAAAAAAUAAGCAAUCAAAUGACCAAAUUGAAACAGUUUAUGUAAAAAUAGAAACAUUUGGUGAUAAAAAUGAAUAUGUUUCAAGUUCCUUAUCUCUACUGGUCAAUCUUUUU